CGUAGAAAACUUCUCGCAUAGAAACAACGUGGUUUGAGGUGAAAACUGACGGAAAAACUAUGUUGCCGACAAAAGCGGCACAUGUGGUUUUUCUAGUUAUCAAUGUGGUACAAUUUGUGGAAAUAAGUGUAACUCUGAAAUUAGGAGACAAAGGUGUCUGCGAAAAACCAGUGCACAACAUCACAGGCGUUUUGGCUAGUCGAAAAAAUAUACAGCACAUGAUAACUGGGAUCAAGAGCUUGGAGGGAGACACCAGGGUAAGGAGAUCGGUUUUGCAGAAAAACAUCUACCCCAAUGCUGAGGAUGUGACAAUACGGCCUGUUUGCUGCAGUCAAUACUAUCAUGACGAGGAGCUCGAUCAGUGUUUGCCAGUAUGCAAUAUGGGGUGUAUAAACGGCGACUGCGUAGACGUGGACAAGUGCGUUUGCGAGCCGCCACUGAUGUUCCUCUAUGGCGCUUGCGUGCAGCCUGUGUGCAACUCCAUCUGUGUGAACGGGCGCUGCGUGGGGACCAACCGGUGCGAGUGUAGCCCCGGCCACGCGCCCGAUCCCAGAGACGCCUUCAAGUGCAACCCCAUCUGCGACACCCCCUGCGUAAACGGCACCUGCGUGGCGCACAACAAGUGCAUCUGCAGCGUGGGAUACGAGCCUACAGGCAACAGUGCAGUCUGCAGGCCUACUUGCGCUGGCUGCGACCAUGGACAGUGCGUUGCGCCGAAUCAAUGCAUCUGCUCUGUUGGAUACGAGCGUAUAAACUCGACCUGCAAGCCACAGUGCAGUUUUUGCAGCAACGGCGACUGUGUAGCACCCGGGAAGUGUGAAUGUCAUGAAGGAUACGAGCUUAAAGGGGAAGACUGUGCACCAAUAUGUUCACCACCAUGCAACAAUGGACAAUGUCUUGCGCCUGAUAACUGUUCCUGUAACCCUGGUUACAAUCUGACAGCUACAGGUUGCGAACCUAUCUGCGCCAAACCAUGUGUUAAUGGGAAAUGUUCAGCACCCAACUUCUGCUCUUGUGACGCUGAAUACAGGAAGCAUGACACGGACGAAUAUACUUGUUAUAAGCCUGUACACACAUGUACCCCACCUUGCAACAAUGGGCAAUGCCGUGAGCGCAAUCAAUGUCUUUGUCAUCGUGGAUAUGUUAGGACUGAUAAUGGCUGCAAGCCUCGCUGCUGUGAGUCUGGGUGUGAGAAUGGACACUGCAAUAAGCCGAAGCACCACACGAAAUGGCAUAAACGCAAGAAUCCAGAAUAUGAGCCAGUGGGACUAUUUAGCACUUUAAGUGUAGCUGGUAUUGAAGGCAUGUGGGUUGCAAUCGCUGCUGGUGGCCUAUUCCUCCUCCUUUUGAUUAUUGUGAUGAUCCAGCUACUCUGUAAGAGUUAGCAAAUAAGAUGAGUGUAAUUGAAAUUGUGCUGAUUUGUGAGGUUCACCUAAGGCAGCUCUUACAGCAAACAUUAUGACACUACAGCCAGUAUAAAAUACACGAAGUGUGCUUUUUGUAUGGUUUCCAUAAUAUAUUCGCGUUCUUAAAGUCAUAUCUCUGAGCAACGAAGCAUGAUGGGUAAUGUGGGAUUGAACUUUUGUAUAGUUUAAAGAUUGUGAGAAGAUUAAACAAUUUUUUAUGA